UUCAAGAGUGAUACGAAAAAGAAGGUAUUGCCGGCCAGUGCCUGUCUGUCUGGUGGUCUUUGGAAGCUAAAAAUAGAGAGGGAGGAGGGAAAAGAACGCAAAACAAGGAACCAACCCAACCAUCUGUUUAAUUCAAAUCCAGGGAUCUCCUUCUCUCUAAUCUAUUCUCUUUUUUUUUUAUUUCAGAUCACUCAGACUGACAUCCCUCUAUCUCUUUAAUUCCUGCUUUUCCUCCUUGCCAAAGUUAACAUCUAUCUCUGUUAAGAGGAAAUAACAUGGUAUAUCUGCUCUGUGGCUAAACAUGUUCAUGUCUCAUGACCAUAUAUUAUUCAUAUGUCUAUAGAGGAGGAGGAGUUAACCAACUAUUUACACGUGUCACUUUUAUCAGUGUCUCCAACAAAAUACAACGACAAGCAUGUAGAAGCUACAUAGGCAAGGCAAUGGAAAAAGAUUGUUUCUCACUGCUACAAGACUAAUAAAUCAAAAAGAACAUUUCUCAUCAACUUUUCCUGGAUUUCAAAGAGGCGACAUGCAGAAUGAUAAUAGCAGCAAACCCACCUUCACACAGAUCUUGGUAGCCUCUUCCAUUGGGUUGAUCAUUGCUGCUGCAAUGCAUUAUCGUUUUCGGAAGCUAAGGGAUCACAAACUUGCUCCACGCCUGAGAUUAUCAGACUCAGGACGUGUUGAAAAGUUAGAAAGGUUUCCCCAUUAUGUAGCUAGGCAAAUGGGAUUCAGAGAUAGAAGAGAAUGUCCACAGCUAUGCAAGCUGGCUUCUGAGUACAUUAGGAAAUCUGAGGGCUGUGAGGACAAUAUCUAUACAUUCUUUUCUAGCGAACCGGAUGCAGAUUCGCUCUUCGUGAAGCUUGUGGAGGAGUUUGAGCGGUGCACUCUUAGUUACUUUGCAUUCCAUUGGAGCCAAGCCGAUCUUAUGAUUAGUCAGGUGUUGAGUUCUGACCCUGAGCCCAAAAGGAAGCUCAAGCAAAUUGUCAUGGCAGCAACAAGGGAACAAAGAUUUGAGAGAGUGACAAAGAACUUGAAGGUGGCUAGAGUGUUCACUACAUUAGUAGAGGAGCUGAAAGCAAUGGGAAUGAUAAUGAAUGACGACUCACGAUGCACUGAGGUGAUGGCUCCAGUGGCACACAGCGAUAGGAGUCCAGUCCUCCUUCUCAUGGGUGGUGGGAUGGGAGCUGGGAAGAGCACUGUGCUUCAAGACAUUCUGAAAGAGCCAUUCUGGGCAGGAGCAGCAGGGAAUGCAGUCAUAAUUGAGGCAGAUGCCUUCAAAGAAUCAGAUGUCAUCUAUAGGGCCCUUAGCUCCAGAGGUCAUGUCGACAUGCUACAAACUGCUGAACUGGUGCACCAAUCAUCUACUGAUGCAGCAUCAUCCCUCCUGGUGACAGCACUUAAUGAAGGGCGAGAUGUGAUCAUGGAUGGCACCCUCUCUUGGCAACCAUUUGUUGUGCAGACAAUAACAAUGGCCAGAAAUGUUCACCGCCGCCGUUAUCGUAUGGGAGCUGGUUACAGGGUGAAUGCAGAUGGAACUGUAAAGGAAAUUUACUGGGAACGAAUUGAAAAUGAAGAACCAGAGCAAGUUGGAGGCAAAAAGAGAAAACCAUACAGGAUAGAGCUUGUUGGAGUUGUAUGUGAUGCUUAUCUAGCUGUUAUAAGAGGCAUAAGGUAUAUUACAGAUCAUUACAUUUGUUUUGGUGGUCCUACAGUAUCUAAUUGUAAUUUUAUCAAACAAUUGUGGUUUUCUCUUGAGGUAUCUGAUGAAUCAAAGAGGGGUUUUCUGCAUGUAAACAGGAGAGCUAUCAUGUGUAGAAGGGCAGUAAGAGUGAAUUCACAAUUAAAAUCCAGCAAGCAAUUUGCAAAUGCAUUUCUAGCGUACUGCCAACUGGUUGACAAUGCCAGGCUAUAUUGCACCAAUGCUUUGGAAGGACAACCUAAGUUGAUAGGAUGGAAAGACAGAGACAAGACAUUGCUGGUUGAUCCAGACGAAAUUGAUUGUUUAAAAAGGUUAGGUAGGUUGAAUGAAAAUGCAAAGUCCAUAUAUGAACUUUACAAGCACCCUAACCCAGCUUCAAAAGCUGGGUCAGUUUGGAAAGACAUCGUAUUGUCACCUUCUAGGUUGAACAUUCAACAGGAGCUGAAGUAUUGCAUCAGGAGAAUUGAGAGAAUGAAAUGACAAAUCAAGUGUGCAGGGCUGAUACAGUUUGAAACUUCUUAACUCUCUUGGCUCAAGAAACAGAUGCUGGAGAAAGUGUCAAAAAUUCAUUAUUUGCAAGCAAGAAUGUUUAUCUAUGUUGUACUGAUGAUCUUAUAUGUAGAAGUCCAUUCAAAGACAAAGAUCAGCUAAGAUUUCAAAAAACUGAUGAUUCAGCAACAUGUCUAUUGAUCGUGGGGGUGAUUCAGAUAAUCAAAUGCAUGUUCAUGAGAUUUUUAAUAUAGGAAUUGCAGAAAAGAAUUCAAAGAGCAGUCACAGCCAUAGCAAGUAAGCCAAAAUGGAAAAUGUUUUCUAAGAUCAUAAAUCAUGAUCCAUUGAUUAAAUAUUGAUUGAAACUUCAAUUAAUGUUGGAUGUUUUGCCAACAAUGACAAUGUACAAUGCGAUCCUGGGUUUUGGGAAAACAUGCAUCAGCAAAACAAUCAGAGAAAUAAAAUGAUGUAAGAAAAGACUUGCCUCUUCUAUCCAUCCUCUAGUUUUGGCGUCUUCCUUUCUUGUUUUU